GUCAUGGUCAAGGAGAGCAAAAGCAAACGGCUCAAGGCGAAACCCGAGCGCCGCGAGAAGCCCGCGGCGUCACGGCCUUUGGCGCCCCGCCCGGCGAGGCGUUGGACGUGGAGCUUAGGGUGCUUGGUGCUCUUGCAGGCCCUGGCCGUUCUGGCUGUCUGGCCUUCGACUGAGCUGCCGCGACCGGCACUUCCCGCGCGCGAGCCGCACGUGGCAGUCCCCGCAUCUAGUGAGGCGCCCGCGCCGCCGGUGACGGCCGUCGCGGCGCCUGGAGUGGACUUCGGCGGCGAGACGCCGGGUGAAGGCGACAUCGCCGCGCUGGUGAUCGCCACUGGACGAAAUGUCCAGAGCCUCCAGAAGACCUUACGGUCGUUGCUCCGCGCCGGCUUUGGCACCAACGCCGUGCUGGUCUCCCAGAGCGCGCCAGGCGAAGCGUCUCGGGAGCUCUGCGGAGACCUGGGCAUCGCCUGGGCCGGGCCCUCGCCCCACCUGGACGUGGCGACCUUCGACGGCGAGGCCGAUCCGUGGGUUCACUACGGGAGAUCCUUGGAUCACGCCAAGAAGCACUUCGCAGAGCGGGACUUCCGCUCUCUCUUCAUCGCCGAGGAAGACUUGAUCUUCUCGAAUGGCCUCCACAGCUACUUGGCGCAGCUGCAUCCCUUGCUCUUCAAGGAUUCCAGCCUGUGGUGCAUCAGUGCCUACAGCGACUUGAGCCUGGCACCCUUUGCCCGAGACGUGUCGGUGAUGCUGAGGACUUCGUGGUUCUCGGGGCGAGCGUGGAUGGUGAGCUUCAAGAAGAUCGUCGAGGUGAUUUUGCCUCACUGGUCACUCCAGCAACGCUGGCGGCCCCUUCUCCGGCAGCUGGCUGCAGAAGCGCAGCAGGAUUGCCUGGUGCCAGAGGUCUCGAGAGCGGCCUUUACGGGCUAUCUCUGUGACAGCGCUGGAAUCCCUGGGCAAUGCGAUGAGGAAGAGGUGGAGAGUCGCCGCGGCGCGCCCCUGGCGCUGCUGGCGCGGGGGCGGUGCAGCUUGGGCGAGGUGCAGCGGCUGGCGAAGGAGAGGUACGACGAGCUGUUGCGCUUUGAGUGGCCCCAGGCGGGUGCCUUGGCUCAGGCGUCCACGGUGGCGACGGUGGAGCAGCUUUAUCAAGAUGCCUCUACGCCUCUGUUGCUGGUGGUGAAUGAGACCAAGGACGUCGCCGAGUCGAGGAUGCCUGGGCGCUCGCCGGCCUGUGUUCGCGACCGCGACGGCGACGGCGACGUGUACCAGUGCGUGCGUGAGCUCACCGCGACUUCGGGCUCCGUGAGAGUCACCGGCUUGGUGAAGGAGCUUCAGGGCUCUGGUGCCCUGCUGGAGGACCGAGGAGCCGUGCUCCACGUGGACGCCGCCUCCGUGCUCGGCCGUGCGGUCCUGCAACCAGGUGUCCACGUCCAAGCCGUGGGCGAGGUCGACGGCCACGCGGACGCGCGUCACGCGCCGCUGCGCUUGAAGGCGCGCAUUCUACGAGUCUUGGGCCCCUUUGACCUGGCUCUCUACGAGGAAUGCCUCCUUCAGCAGCGGAACUGCCAUCGGAAGACGAGUUCCGGGCCGCCCUUGAAGAACUCUGGAGCUUGGAGAACCAUCGACUUGAACUCGACCAUGAAAUCGAACCCAUGUCCCAAGCAGAAAAGAAGGAUCUGGAUAAAGUCUGCCAACCGUCCAGCCAUGUGCGAAGGCGUUCCAGGAUCGACCUGUCUUGCCGGGUUCCAAACAGUUGUUCCUAGUUGGGGCUAG